AUGGCCGGCAAGUUCAGGCAGUUGGUAGCUGCCCUCUUUUUGGUAGCCGUUGUAAUGAAGCUUCCGGGGACGGCAAUGCUGGAGACAACAAUUUCCGAUCAAAUUCCGAACAAUUCGCCUCCUUCUCCCUAUGUAUGUCCCUAUCCUUGUCUUCCACCCCCUUUACCCCCAUCCACCACUACCUCCCCUUCCACCAACACGAAUUACCAGCCACCACCGACAACUCAAUCGCCACCGUCUGGAGGCUCCGUCUAUUACCCACCCCCAACUGGGAUCUAUCCUCCACCUACUGCUACUGGAACCCCCUACGGGAAUUACUACGCUCCUCCCCCUCCUGACCCAAUUUUACCUUAUUUUCCAUUUUAUUUCACACGCCCUUCCCCACCAAAUUCCUCCUCUGCAACCACUCUGAGAAGCUCUGCGAUCUUGAUUCUAAACCUCCUUUUGCUGGGUUUACUUCAAAGUGAUCAUAUUCUCGGUGUAAUUCGUUAG